AUGGCCCUCUAUUGCGGUGACAAUUUCGGCGUGUACUCGCAGCCUGGCCUGGCCCCACCGACCGCCGCCGCUGCCCCGGGGGCCCCCACUGCUGCCAGGGCGCCCUACGGACUGGCCGACUACGCCGCGCCGCCGGCUGCCGCCCCGCCGUCUGCCGCCAGCACCUUCGGCUGCACGCAACGUCCCUUCGCUCAGCCUGCGCCCCCAGCGCCCGCCUCGCCUGCCGGGCCUGGGGCGACCGGCGAGCUGGGCUGGCUGUCCAUGGCCAGCCGCGAGGACCUCAUGAAGAUGGUGCGGCCGCCCUACUCGUAUUCUGCGCUCAUCGCCAUGGCCAUCCAGAGCGCUCCCGAGCGCAAGCUCACGCUCAGCCACAUCUACCAGUUCGUGGCCGACAGCUUCCCCUUCUACCAGCGCAGUAAGGCCGGCUGGCAGAACUCCAUUCGCCACAACCUGUCGCUCAACGACUGCUUCAAGAAGGUGCCCCGCGACGAGGACGACCCAGGGAAAGGAAACUACUGGACUCUGGAUCCGAACUGUGAGAAAAUGUUUGACAAUGGCAACUUCCGUCGGAAGCGAAAGCGCCGCUCUGAGGCCAGCAGCAGCUCCACAGUGGCCACAGGGACAUCAAAAUCAGAAGAAGGGCUCUCCUCAGGAUUAGGGGCUGGAAUGGGAGGGAAGCCAGAAGGAGACAGCUCCUCCUCUUUGCUAAGGCCUUCCCAGUCCCCAGAGCCUUCUGAGGGCACCAAGAGUACUGCUUCAUCUCCAGGAGGAUCUAUGCUCACCUCCACCCCUUGCCUCAAUACCUUCUUCAGUAGUCUCAGCACCUUAAACGUCACCAGUAGUGGGAGCACCCAACGAGCUCUUCCUGGCAGCCGCCACCUGGGAAUCCAGGGGACCCAGCUGCCCUCCAGCAGCUCAUUUUCCCCCAGCUCUGUCUCAGAGGCCUCACCAGACACCCUGCAGCUGAGUAACAGCACCAGCAAUAGCAGCAGCCAGAGAUCUUCCUAUUACAGCCCCUUCCCUGCUAGCACCAAUGGGGGCCAAAGCAGCCCCUUCAGCAGCCCUUUCUACAACUUCAGCGUGGUCAACAGCCUCAUCUACCCCCGGGAGGGCUCUGAAGUGUAG